GGCCCCUGCCCCCACUUCUGUUCCUUAAUUAGCCAGGGCCCUCCUACCCACUGUGCCCCUCCUCCUGCCGCGUGGAGGCCCUGAAUCAUUAUUUCAACUAACCCCUGGGAGGGUGAGCAUCUUCUGUGCUGUGUCCCCAACCUUCCACUUCCCCUCGACGCGCUGCUCAGGGAUGACCUUCGGCACCGUGCUGCUUCUGAGUGUCCUGGCUUCUUUUCAUGGAUUCAACCUGGAUGUGGAGGAGCCCACCAUCUUCCAGGAGGAUGCAGGCGGCUUUGGGCAGAGCGUGGUGCAGUUUGUUGGAUCUCGACUCGUGGUGGGAGCACCUCUGGAGGUGGUGGCGGCCAACCAGACGGGACGGCUGUAUGACUGCACAGCUGCCACCGGCGUGUGCCAGCCCAUCCCGCUGCACAUCCACCCCGAGGCCGUGAACAUGUCCUUGGGCCUGACCCUAGCAGCCUCCACCAACCGCUCCUGGCUCCUGGCCUGUGGCCCGACCCUGCACAGAGUCUGUGGGGAGAACUUGUACUCAAAGGGUUCCUGCCUCCUGCUGGGCUCGCACUGGGAGAUCAUCCAGACAGUCCCCGACGCCCUGCCAGACUGUCCACAUCAAGAGAUGGACAUCGUCUUCCUAAUCGAUGGCUCUGGAAGCAUUAACCAAAAUGACUUUAACCAGAUGAAGGGCUUUGUCCAAGCUGUCAUGGACCAGUUUGAGGGCACUGACACCCUGUUCGCACUGAUGCAGUACUCAAACCACCUGAAGAUCCACUUCACCUUCACCCAAUUCCGGACCAGCCGGAGCCAGCAGAGCCUGGUGGAUCCCAUCACCCAACUGAAAGGCCUGACGUUCACAGCCACGGGCAUCCUGCAAGUGGUGACACAACUAUUUCAUCAUAAGAAUGGGGCCCGCAAAAGUGCCAAGAAGAUCCUCAUUGUCAUCACAGAUGGGCAGAAAUACAAAGACCCCCUGGAAUACAGAGAUGUCAUCCCCCAGGCAGAGAAGGCUGGCAUCAUUCGCUACGCUAUCGGGGUGGGACACGCUUUCCAGGAACCCACCGCCAGGCAGGAGCUGAACACCAUCGGCUCAGCGCCUCCACAGGACCACGUGUUCAAGGUGGACAACUUUGCAGCCCUUGGCAGCAUCCAGAAGCAGCUGCAGAAGAAGAUCUAUGCAGUUGAGGGAACCCAGUCCAGGGCAAGCAGCUCCUUCCAGCAUGAGAUGUCCCAAGAAGGCUUCAGCGCAGCCCUCACAAUGGAUGGCCUCGUCCUGGGGGCUGUGGGGAGCUUUAGCUGGUCUGGAGGUGCCUUCCUGUAUUCCCCAAAUAUGAGCCCCACCUUCAUCAACAUGUCUCAGGAGAAUGUGGACAUGAGGGACUCUUACCUCGGUUACUCCACUGAGCUCGCCCUAUGGAAGGGGGUGCAGAGCCUGGUCCUGGGGGCCCCCCGCUACCAGCACACCGGGAAGGCUGCCAUCUUCACCCAGGUGUCCGGGCAAUGGAGGCUGAAGGCCGAAGUCACGGGGACGCAGAUCGGCUCCUACUUCGGGGCCUCCCUCUGCUCUGUGGAUGUGGAUGGCGACGGCAGCACUGACCUGAUCCUCAUCGGGGCCCCCCAUUACUACGAGCAGACCCGAGGGGGUCAGGUGUCCGUGUGUCCCUUGCCCAGGGGGCAGAGGGUGCAGUGGCAGUGUGAAGCUGUUCUCUACGGGGAGCACGGCCACCCCUGGGGCCGCUUUGGGGCAGCCCUGACAGUGCUGGGGGACGUGAAUGGGGACAAGCUGUCGGAUGUGGCCAUUGGGGCCCCGGGAGAGCAGGAGAACCGGGGUGCUGUCUACCUGUUUCACGGAGCCUCAGAAUCCAGCAUCAGCCCCUCCCACAGCCAGCGGAUCGCCGGCUCCCAACUCUCCCCUAGGCUGCAGUAUUUUGGGCAGGCGCUGAGCGGGGGUCAGGACCUCACCCAGGACGGACUGAUGGACCUGGCCGUGGGGGCCCGGGGCCAGGUGCUCUUGCUCAGGAGUCUGCCAGUGCUGAAAGUGGGGGUGACCAUGAGAUUCAGCCCCGGAGAGGUGGCCAAGGCUGUGUACUGGUGCUGGGAAGAGGGGCCCAGUGCCCUGGAAGCUGGGGACGCCACCAUCUGUCUCACCAUCCAGAAAAGCUCACUGGACCAACUAGGUGACAUCCAAAGCUCUGUCAGGUUUGAUCUGGCACUGGACCCAGGCCGUCUGACUUCUCGUGCCAUUUUCGAUGAAACCAAGAACCCGACUUUGACUCGAAGAAAAACCCUGGGACUGGGGGUUCACUGUGAAACACUGAAGCUGCUUUUGAAAGAUUGUGUGGAGGACGUGGUGAGCCCCAUCAUUCUGCACCUCAACUUCUCGCUGGUGAGAGAGCCCAUCCCCUCCCCACACAACCUGCACCCUGUGCUGGCCAUGGGCUCACAAGACCUCUUCACUGCUUCUCUCCCCUUUGAGAAGAACUGUGGGCAAGACGGCCUCUGUGAAGGGGACCUGGGUGUCACCCUCAGCUUCUCAGGCCUGAAGAUUCUGACCGUGGGGAGCUCCCUGGAGCUCAAUGUGAUUGUGACUGUGUGGAAUGCGGGCGAGGAUUCCUACGGAACUGUGGUCAGCCUCUACUACCCUGCAGGGCUGUCCCACCGACGGGUGUUGGGAGCCCAGCAGCCCCAUCAGCGUGCCCUGCGCCUGGCAUGUGAGACAGCGCCCACUGAGGACGAGGGCCUGAGGAGCAGCCGCUGCAGCGUCAACCACCCCAUCUUCCAUGAGGGCUCUAACGGCACCUUCAUAGUCACAUUCGAUGUCUCCUCCAAGGCCACCCUGGGAGACAGGAUGCUUAUGAGGGCCAGUGCAAGCAGCGAGAACAAUAAGGCUUCAAGCAGCAAGGCCACCUUCCAGCUGGAGCUCCCGGUGAAGUAUGCAGUCUACACUGUGAUCAGCAGGGAAAUACUUACAAUAAGAGCUUACAGCUAUAUGUACCCAUGUCAGGCAUCGUUGUAUGCUGCUGUUGUUUUAAGGCAGGAAGGAUCCACCAAGUACUUCAACUUUGCAACCUCUGAUGAGAAGAAAAUGAAGGAGGCUGAGCAUCGAUACCGCGUGAAUAACCUCAGCCAGCGAGAUCUGUCCAUCAGCAUUAACUUCUGGGUUCCUGUCCUGCUGAACGGGGUGGCCGUGUGGGACGUGGUCGUGGAGGCCCCAUCCCAGAGUCUCCCCUGUGUAUCAGAGAGAAAACCUCCCCAGCAUUCUGACUUCCUGACCCAGAUUUCAAGAAGUCCCGUGCUGGACUGCUCCAUUGCUGGCUGCCUGCGGUUCCGCUGUGACAUCCCCUCCUUCAGCGUCCAGGAGGAGCUGGAUUUCACCCUGAAGGGCAACCUCAGUUUUGGCUGGGUCCGCCAGACAUCGCAGAAGAAGGUGUCGGUCAUGAGUGUGGCUGAAAUUACGUUCGACACAUCCGUGUACUCCCAGCUUCUAGGACAGGAGGCAUUUAUGAGAGCUCAGAUGGAGAUGGUGCUAGAAGAAUACGAGGUCUACAACGCCAUUCCCAUCAUCAUGGGCAGCUCUGUGGGGGCUCUGCUACUGCUGGCGCUCAUCACAGCCACAUUGUACAAGCUUGGCUUCUUCAAACGCCACUACAAGGAAAUGCUGGAGAACAAGUCUGAAGACACUGCCACAUUCAGCGGGGAAGGUUUCAGCUGUGGGGCCCCAAAUAUGCCUUUGUCCUAAUAAUCCACUUUCCUGUUUAUCUCUACCCCCGUGGGCUGGUCUUGCUUGCAACCAUAAAUCAACUUACAUGGAAACAACUUCUGCAUAGAUCUGCACUGGCCUGAGCAACCUACCAGGUCCUAAGCACCUUCCAAUAGAGGUAGAGAUUGUAAUAUUUUUACAUAUCUGUCUGCCUUUUUUAGUGAUGACCCACUUUUUACAGAAACAGGCAUGGUGCCAGCAUAAAUUUUCAUGUGCAUAAGAACUGUCACACGAAACAAGGAUGUUUAUAGCACAUUUUCCUUGCAUGGAAGAGCUAUAACCCAGGGACCUGAGUGCCUCUCUGGCAAUAGUUGGGGGAACCUGUUUGUGGGCAUUGAAAAAGUUUUCUCACUUUCUAUGGUGAUGGGA